GGCGGGCAAUGAAGCAGAGGGGGAAAGGGGUGGCCGGCUCCCUGGCCAGCCCGGCACUAAGCCGAGGAGGCUGCGGGCGGGCGGGGGCGCUGGCCAGGCGCGAGCGGGCGCCCCCAGCCGGGCCCGCGCCCAGUGCUGCAUGGCGCUGCUCAGCCUGCCUUGCAGAGGGAGCUCGAGUCCCGCUCUGCGCCGCUCCGCGCCGCGCCUCUCACUCCGCAGCGCACACGGCGGCGGCCGGCAGGAGCGGGGCACGCAGCCGCCGCCGCCGCCGCGCCAAGCAGGACGCGGCCGGAGCCGGAUCGCGGAGGUGGGGAGCGGCGAGCCCGCAGCAGGCCCAGCGCCAGGACAAGGCGGCGGCGCUAACGCAGGUCCUAAUGCAGAGAGUGGACUAGAUGAUACAUCUGAGGGAAGGGAGCAGAAGGAGACUCCACUGAUUGGAAGGCAUGAGAUGCAGUGUCCUAGGGAUAGGGGUUCCAGGAGCACCGCUUUCAAGAGAAGGAGACUGGUGGGGGUGGUCGGGGACUCCCUCCUCAGGGGGACUGAGUCAUCUGUCUGCCGUCCCAACCGGGAAACCCGAGAAGUGUGCUGCUUGCCAAGAGCUAGGAUUCACGAUGUGACGGAGAGACUGCUGAGACUCAUCAAACCCUGAGAUUGCCACCUCUUCCUGCUUCUUCACGUGGGCACCAGUGAUACUGCCAAGAAUGACCUUGAGUGGAUCACUGCAGACUAUGUGGCUCUGGAAAGAGAGAUAAAGGAGUUUGAGGCACAAGUGGUGUUCUCGUUUAUCCUCCCUGUGGAAGGAAAAGGCCCAGGUAGAGACCAUCGAAUCAUGGAAGUCAACAAAUGGCUACAUAGGUGGUGUCGGAGAGAAGGCUUUGGAUUCUUUGACCAUGGGAUGGUGUUCCAAGAAGGAGAAGUGCUAGGGAGAGAUGGGCUCCAUCUAACAAAGAGAGGAAAGAGCAUCUUCGCAGGCAGGCUGGCUAACCUAGUGAGGAGGGCUUUAAAUUAGGUUCACCGGGGGAAGGAGAACAAAGCCCUGAGGUAAGUGGGGUACCAGGAGGAAACACGAGCAUGAGAGCACAAGAGGGGAGGACUCCUGCCUCAUACUGAGAAAGCAGGACAAUCAGUGAGUUAUCUUAAGGGCCUAUACACAAAUGCAAGAAGCCUGGGAAACAAGCAGGUAGAACUGAAAGUCCUGGCACAUUCAAGGAAUUAUGAUGUGAUUGGAAUAACGGAGACUUGGUGGGAUAACUCACAUGACUGGAGUUCUGUCAUGGAUGGAUAUAAACUGUUCAGGAAGGACAGGCAGGGCAGAAAACAUGGGGGAGUUGCAUUGUAUGUAAGAGAGCAGUAUGAUUGCUCAGAGCUCCAGUAUGAAACUGCAGAAAAACCUGAGUCUCUGGAUUAAGUUUAGAAGUGUGAGCAACAAGGGUGAUGUCGUGGUGGGAGUCUGCUAUAGACCACCAGACCACAGGGAUGAAGUGAACAAGGCUUUCUUCAGGCAACUAACAGGCCCUGGUUCUCAUGGGGGACCUCAAUCACUCCGAUGAGAUUGCUGUGAGCGCAAUACAGCGGUGCACAGACAAUCCAGGAAGUUUUUGGAAAGUGUAGGGGACAAUUUCCUGGUCCAAGUGCUGGAGGAACCAACUAGGGGCAGAGCUCUUCUUGACCUGCUGCUCACAAACAGGGAAGAAUUAGUAGGGGAAGCAAAAGUGGAUGGGAACCUGGGAGGCAGUGACCAUGAGCUGGUCGAGCUCAGGAUCCUGAUACAAAGAAGAAAGGAGAGCUGCAGAAUAUGGACCCUGGACUUCAGAA